AUGAGCGGCCUCAUCCUGAAAUCCGAGGUGCCGUGCGUGGUGUGUGGGGAUCGAGCAUCGGGCCGCCACUACGGCGUGCUGUCGUGCGACGGAUGCCGCGGCUUCUUCAAGCGCUCGAUCCGGCGGAACCUCGUCUACAGCUGCAAGGAGGGCGGCGCGUGCGUGGUGGACGUUGUGCGCCGGAAUCAGUGUCAGGCUUGCCGCUUUUCGAAAUGUCUGGAUAUGAAGAUGAAUCGGCAUGCCGUCCAAAACGAGCGCUCCAUCUGCCCGCCGAAGCGGAAAAGCGGCGAUUUUAUGAUUGAAGAAGUCCCCUACACGAUGGUGACGGUAGCUACAAAUUUAACGAAAGAGCUGAAGAACAAAGAGACAGGCUUCACCAUCCGUCAGCUGUUGUCGGUCGUAGGGACGUCUACAGUACCCCAAUCUGUCGCCCUGCUCGCGUCCGUCGUCCGCUGGUGUGCCGUCGUCCCGCCCAUCUCCCAGCUGAACGCCCAGGACAAGCGGGUGCUAUUUUACAACUCGUGGCACUCGCUCUUCCUCACCCACAUCAUGCAGAAGACGGGCAAGACGAAGCUGACCGAGCUGCCGGCCAAUGAACGGAUACGACUACUCGGCAAAACGGUGGCCGAUCUCGGGCUCAGCGCCCUCGAGCAGUGGACCAUCACGACGAUUAUCAUGUUUCGGGCUGAAGAUGGACGCUUCGAAGAGCCGCACAUCAUCAAAAACGUACAGCAUCAGGCGACCGCCCUGUUCCUCGAGACGACCAAGCAAGACCCAAGUCGACAAGCACAAAUUGUGGCGCUCCUGACGAAUAUUACAGGGACGCAGAUCACGCUGCGGGGCGAGUUCCUCGGCCACGAUGCCAACGACGUCGUCAUGCUGUUCAUCUGCGGCACCGAUUGCCUGCAUUCUGUAAACCUCGAUCAACUGCGCGCUGGGCUCGUCAACCUCGACCGCGAGAAGCUGAGCGAGGUGAAGAAGACGGAAGAAAUGCACAAGGCCAACCUGUACUCCCUGAUCUCGUGCGUCGACUCGUUGGCCGCCCUCCACGUCGAAUUGGCCAAGGCGAAGGAGACGGGCGAGUUCGCCGUCAUCAAGCAGAUUGCCACCCAGAUCAAAGACGCUCGCUCGGAAGCCGAGACAGUGUUCAAGGACGUGCUCGCCCGCAAGGACAAGGCCGAUUCGACGCGGAAUGCCCUCUCCGUGCUCACCCGCUUCAAAUUCAUCUUCUUCCUCAACAAGUCCAUCGACGAGAAUAUGGCCAAGGGUGAAUAUUCGACAAUUCUGAACGACUACAUGAGAGCCCGAUCUUUAGUGGCGGAGACGGACGUGCCGUUGUUUAAAGAAGUGAUGGCCGGCGUCGACAAGAAGAUGGCGCACUUCAAGAAAGAUCCUGACGACCCGCCUCAUCGACUCUCAGCUCAACUACGAGGAGCAGAGCAAGAUGAUCAAAUCCUCGACCCGGACUCGGAUCCUCUAUGGCACUGCAUCACCUCUUCGCACCAACACCUCGACACGAUUCUCUGGAAUCUCCAGAAGAAUCACCACGAAAAAGCAAUGGCCGACGAGAAGCAGCGAAGUAACGGCCGUUUCUUGAUUGUCGAGACGAACCAUCGGCAAGUAUUCAUCACGGAAACCGUCUCGAACUUGAUGGCCAAGCUGCAGCGCUUCUGGAAACUCGUGACGAACUACACGAGCAGCGACGAUCGCUCGGCCCAGACCCACGAGGAUGUCAAUCAAAUGCUGAUCGGGACGAUCAACGUCUCCCUCGUGGCUUCUCCUGAACGCGCUCGUGCCCGACUCGUUACCGGACGAGGUGAUGAAGAAGGGCCUCGUCUCAUUCUUGCUGGAGUGCCAGUUCACCUCGCAGCACGUGCAACCCUGACGGAGUUGUGUAUGACGGUCCGGCUGAAGGCCGUCUCCAACAUUGUCGACAAGGGCGUUAAUGCCAUCGCCGACCUGUCGAAGAAAGAGAACUGGCAGCAGCGCGAGUUCAUCUCCAAGGGCGUCUGCAAGACGGGGCUGCCGGAUGUGUUCGAAAAUGAGUGG